GUCUGGCAGGUUUAGUCGAACUUUACGCGCGCUACCAGGUGGACGUGGUCGGGUCCUAAAGCUACCCUCCCCUUCGAGGAGAUUUGCUGCAAUUUUGAGGUUGAUUUUUUUUUUCCAGUGGAAUUGAUUGGAAAUUGGCGGAAAACUGAGUGUGUUUACCAUUUUAGUUUGACUUGGUUGGUGGUCGACUGGAUUAACCAAAGCCCAGAUCGGGUUACACAAAAAUCGAAUUAGUUUUGGGGCCACGUUGAGUAAUUUGUUCGAAAAAAAGACGACGAACGGCUCUAUUUGGAAGAUUUGAUUGAUGAUUGUUUGGAAAAGUGUUCGAUAUCUGGAAAUUUUCGUUCGUGAGUGAAUCGAGUGAUCUUGAGGCAAAGUGUUGAAAGUAUUGUCAGAAGUGAACUCGAUAGAUUUCACCUUCAAUCGCGGGUGUUUAGUGAUCUAUUGAUUGAUUUUUCAUCAAAAGUGAUCCUCAACGAAAGCAUUCAUCUCAACUUCUCGGAAAAGUAGCAAGUGUGUAUUUUCGCCACAGCAGCAUUGAUUAACGACUCUGCGACCGUUCGAAGAAAUAAAAGUUGGAAAAACCCCUCCGCACUGACUGUGUGUGCGAAACGACCUUGUGCAAAGUUGAGUGAAAGGAAAUUACACAGAGUGUUUUCGAGAAAAUUAAUCAAGAAAGGAAGAAAACGAAAAUAAUUAAAGAAAUAAGAAAACCUCGUGCAGGAUAUUGCAGGACGCGUCCGGUUCGAAUCGAAAGCAGCUGCGAGGUCUGCGCGGCGUUAUUUUGGCAACUCUUUGGCAAUAGUUUGCUGGUGCAGUAAAACCGUUCAAAUUCGACCACUUCAUACAAAUUAUCACAAACACACAGACACAUAAAGACACGUGGCACACGACUCGUCCACCCGGUUCUCGCGUGGGGGCCCUCGGGGGCCUGUGCGCCAAGCCACCGAUGCGAUGAGGUGGAGCAGGCUGCUCAUAACGACCGCGCUGUCGUUAUUUGUGAUUUUCGGAUUAAUCGAUGCCAUUAACGCUCAACGCGGAAGAGUUCGAUUCAGCCAGCAACCUGCGUCUUCUUCGUCGUCCAGCCGACCAUGGGCGGACGAUACGGCGCUGCUGGUCAGCGCCGAGGAGGACAACUACAGCCGCAGUGUAGAGCCCACCUUUCGGCGGAGGAUCUCCGUGACGGAAGCGGCCGAGCCGCGACUCCAGCCGGCGAGCUAUCGACGGCGCGUUCCGACGACUUCGGAAGCUGCUGCUUCAAGCUCAAGCGAGCGACCUUCGCGACCUGUCGGUAGGAGUAGACAGCGGACGACGCAGCAGAAGCCCCAUCCGGUGAUUCAGAGCAGGUCUCUGGACGUUAGCAGCGAGGAGGAGUUCAGCUCUAGGCGGACUACGAAGGAGCAGUACGCGCCGAGCUUGCGAUCCGAGGUCGUCCUUCAGAAUGGGUACGGGAGAGGUAGCGAUCGAAGUUCGGAAGAGAAGGUGUCCGGUAGGAGGGGGAAGGUUACGAGGCAGAGGGAAACGACGAGCAGUACUACGACGGCGACUACGGCGGCAAGCGCUCGAGCUGGGAGAAAACUGAAUCGGUUGUCCGCGAGCAGGUUCUCGAAUGAAGUCGAGGAGGUUCAGCCAAGUUCGUCGGCUAGAUCGGUGGAAGGACGCUCCAGAGGUCAGGUUAAGGCACCUGUUUCACGGGAAAAGAUGGAAGACAUUUCCUCUGACGAGAACUACCCUGAAGAGUUCAAGCGGAUGCUGAAGGCGAAACUGCAGGAAGAUAAGCAGCGAAGUGUGUCUGUCAACAAGCUGGAGGUGUCGACGGUGAAGAACUUGUUCAAGGCAGAGGUGCCGCGUUUCAAGGCGAAGCCUUCGACGGAAGCUCCGUCUACGACGGUGCGAGUUAUCACUCCGCGACCAAUCCGGACGUUCGUCAGUUCUUCAACAGUGACGGAAGCUCCCAGUACGACCGUAAGGACGGUUGCGCCAAGAGCGCGGGUUGUCACUCCAACUCCACUGUCACAACGUCCCACCAAGAAGCUGGUGUCCGCUAGGGCGAGAGCGACUUCCUCUACGACUCCAGAACCUAGGACUACAGCGUCGGUUUCGACCGUAAAGCCGACGAAGGCGUUCUCCCGGAAGCCAAGUGUUGUCAGCUUGCUGACUUCGACUACUACUCCGUCCACCACGACUACCCGCAAGCCGUAUACUCCCAAUGGUAGAACAUCAGGAGCAAAUCGGAAGACCUUCACAUCCACAUCAGCUCCAGAAGGAAACAGCGUCAUCGAACCGUCCAAGCGAGCUUCCAGCGAUACCAGCUUCGUGUUCGCCAACCUCCGACAACCGAGCGCGUUCCGGUCGGCUCAACAGCAGAAGCCCCGCAAACCACUGAUCCCCGUGGUCGCCGAGUACAGCAGUAACGACCUCAAGCCGAUUUCAAUCUCCAUCCGGCCCAAGCCGUCAUCGUCUCUAAGUGCACUCAAGCGCUCCCAAUCCUCCGGCUCCGGCUCCCGGGUGGGACCCCGCUUCGAAUCCAGCCUCAAGAAGACCCCGGUCUACACCCCGACCAUUCCCACCUUUACGACACCCACGACCACGGCGAAGGUUAGACUUGAUCAAGGCCACUCUUUGCUAACGACCGCUAACGCUUCCACCGCCUUCACCACCACAAUCGUCACCACCAACAGCACCUUCCCUUCCACCACCAGUACUGCUGCGGCAUUAAUCGCUAACGAAAUAGACCCUGCUGCGGACUGGGCGACGGGGGAGCAGGAGAAGGCUGGCGGAGAACGCGUGGUGGAACCGGUGGCCGCCGGGCUGACCCAGAGUCGUAUCGACGUGGACACCUCCAACCAUUCGCCGUCGGUGACCGUGUCGAUCUUCAGUGCCCUCGCGGAGAUCCUCUCGCAGCCAACCGAAAGUUUCCAAUUUUUGUCUUCCAGCACCGAUUUUCCGACAAGCACUUCGACGACCACCACCACCACAACCACAACCACCACUACAACUCCUAAGCCACGCACUUUGCAAAAGCCCCUGGCCAAGGUACCGGAACUUGGAAGCACCUCUACUGCUAUCCCUGUCGAUUCGGGCGCCACCACAGUGUUGUUUGUAAAUAGCGGUGACCCGAUCGGCGAUUCUUCCUCGCUCACAACUGUUGUAAAUAAUUCCCCCGAAGGAACCGCCACCACGACUAGCAUUCCUCUGUCCACAACGGUGGUGGACAGGGCUCAUCCCGAUCCCAGCAUGUUAUCCGAAAGCGAAGAGUUCUUCCUUAACAAUGAAAUCGAGAGCGAGAUCCGACCGCGAUUCUUGGAAUCCGACGAAGAUCCGACGACCACCACGUCCGCUAAUUAUCCCACCGAGAUAACUACCGAUCCUUUGCUGAACGACCUCUUUCCUUUCUCCCAGACAACAACCCGGAAAUAUCCCGCUCCUACCGUCACUCCCAAUCCCAAUACCCAACCUCCCACUACUACUACUACUACGGUCAAUGUUGAGGAGCCUACCACUGUUAAACUGACCCCGGAGAGUACCGAGAGCAUGCUGCUAACGCAGUCGUCCACUAAUCGAAUGCUACUAACCGAAAGCGUUGACCUAACGACGACCUCGCUUCCACUGACCACGGUUCCAUUCCCGGUGGACUCGCAUCAACCAUCAUUAUUCGCCGUCACUUCGCCAUCCGCCGAACUCGAAACUACCACUUUCAUGUCUAGCACAGAGCCUAUCAGUAGUCUACCGCCUAUCAUCUCAACCACCACCGCUAGUGCUACGCUUGUCCCUAAAUUGUCCCAGCACCUGGAGGAGAGUGCUACCGUUUCCGAAUCGCUGCCCGCUUCCUAUACUAACGUUACUAAAUCAUCACUGACACCGCACACAACCACCACCGAACAAGAACCGACGAUCACCACUACGACGACCGCAUCGGCGACGACUGCCGAGUCGGAGCAAACGACCCUCACCAUGAUCGUUACAUCGGCACCGAUGACCGUAAGUAGGACUGCUACACACGUUUCGUUUCAAAAUUCCUCCGAAGCCACGACACCCCGGUCCCCCUUUAUCCUCACGUCCUCCGAAGAUCCGUUCCCCGAGUACCGUCCACGAUUCUCAAACCGCCCUACCGUUUCCGGGGUUGCACAGAGUUCCACCAGCACAAGCACGACCUUCCGGACGUCGUCCGUCCUGGUCACCAGCACCGAUAGGAGCACUCCACUAACCACAACAACAACUGUAACAACAACAACGCCCGCCAAGCCGCGAUCGCGUGGUAUCGUCGUGUACGGUAUCCUCCCCAACAAUACGGUCAUCCGGCGCGUCAUCGGCGGCGAUGACGAGCCGUCCACCACCACCACCGAGAACCCCCGUGUCGUGUUUGGCAUUUACCCGAACGGUACGAUCGUGCGUCGCUACCCGAACGGAACCAUCGUGCCGGAUCGGCCCCGUCAGCGGACGGGCCGCGUCGAGAUCACCGACAUUGAUCCUCGCGAGCUGCGGGAUCCCAACAGCUACAUCUACCGUACAACGGCUGCACCUACUAGCACCACCACUUCCACCACCACCAAUCUCCCAACUAGUUCCACAACUGUUUCGAUCGAAGCAACGGGCACUACCGCAAUCAUUGACAUCUUGAGAAAGUACAACGAGGAGAACCAGCUGGACACCAAGAUCAAAUCGGACGCCGUGUUCUCGCUGGCGGCUAAGAAAUCGGGCGCUAAAAAGACGGACGGUCCCACCAAGAUAUCGCUGGAUGUCGAUUUCACGACCAAGAAGCCCACCGAAGAGGUCCGCAUCAACCGACCGAACGCCCCGGACAUCAUCUACCGGUGGAAGGCGCCCACCAGCUCGGAGAACCCCGCCGUGCUGACCAGCACGGAGGAAGCCGCCGUAGCGGACAACACCGUCCCGGAUAACAUCGUGGAGCGCAAAACUACCAUCGUCCAACCAACCGAGCAGCCUGAGCUUCCCGAGGACGUAGAACUGCGCAUAUCUUCCGCUAACGCUAACAACGCUUCGCCGCCUCCUCCCAUCAAGAUGGAAGUUUCAGAACUUAACAACUCCAUAACUUCUACGUUACUUCCUGUCGCAGAGAAGCCAGUCACGACGACGACGACGACUUCAACUAGCACUACAACAACUCAGAAGCCCACUACAACUACAACAACAACCACUACUCCGAAACCAACAACAACUACAACAACCACUACUCAGAAACCAACGACGACGACGACCCCAAGCACCACGACCUUCCGAAGCUUAUCGAUCGUAACGUCUACUCCGAAGCCACGCAACGAUCCACUGGAAACGAAUCUCAAGCUGUUGCAGCAGUACCUGGAGGCGAAUCAGAAGGACAUCACCGCUACGAGAGCCGUGACGCCAACGACGACGGCAGUUCCCAGCACCACGUCCAGAAGUACAACAACUUCGACGACGACGACAACCACCCCGAAGCCCACAACAACCUCAACAACAACGUUGCGGACAACGACAACGACAAAGCGAGCUCCAAGCACAACGGCCAAGCCGAACAAGCCCAGCAACGACAGCCGCUUUAACCAGAAUCAACUGUUUGUCCCGACGACGCAGCGCACCAGAACUACAACCUAUUCUGACACGGAAGAUCUUGCAUUUUUGCGUCAACUGGCCCGAUUCCUGAACGGGGGCCAGCUUCCAGGUCAAACAACCAAGCGGACAACGAAGAAGCCAACAACAACGCGAACCACCACAACAACAACAACAACGACGACGACAACAACGCCGCGGCCUACUACCACAACAACAACGAGUACGACGCGGCGGCCUACUACGACCCUUCCGUUGAGCACGGUGAUCGUGGAAAAGGAUGAUCUGGACUUCCUGAACGAUGUCCGCAAGCUGCCGAACUUUGCCACGCCGAAUCCGCUGGUGGACAGCUCGUUGGCCAACCGCAUUCUUCAGCUGGCAAUCAACCGCGACCCGAAGAGCAUAUCCGUUGAAAAGCAGCUCAAUGGAAUCGUGACGUCUCCGAAACCGGCUAGUUUGUCUCCGACGGAGAUUGAGCAGACCAAGAAGCAGUUGGAUAAGGAGUUGCAGUCGUACAACAACGAUAUUCGACUGUUGUCUACCCUGCUUGGACGACCCAUUUCGGGUAAUGAUAUCCCUAGUCUGACGAAGCAGUUGGUGCCUUCUACGCCACGACCCACGACAACCACAACCCGAGCUACCACGACGAUUCCCCGCAGGCCGGAGGUGGAUCAGGCGCUGCUUCAGGAACUAUUGCUCAAGCAACAGCGCCAGCACAACUCUAGUCCCGCCGUCGUUGAGGGCCCAAACGUGUACGGCAGUACCAACGAAGCGAUCCUGGCGUCGGUGCUGAAGCAGCGUGGAAUUGGUCCGGCAAACACGAAUGCCAACAUCGAGGAGAUCCUCGCGAAGAUAUCACCGCGCAGCAGCGCCAUUACGGUGCAACCGAUCAUCACGACCACGACGCCAAGGCCUAGGCCUCGGCCGGUGCGACCCCUGGAGGUAGCACCACCUCCACUGCGAUCAUCGCGUCCCAUCUUGGACGGGUUGUCCUGGCUAUGGCGGGAGUGGCAAGCCACGGCUCCGCAGCCCCAGCGCCAGCGACUGCCGGGAUCGUCGUUGAUCGCGUCUCCACCCCCGUCCGAGAGCUUCGGACUCAGUGGAGGCUUUGGCGGUGGAGGAGGUGGCCGAGGUCGGCCGUCUGCGCAGUCGCAGGUGUUCCGGGAUCAGGAGGGACUCGAUCCGGAUGCGAAACCUAUCAACCCAAGUGUCACGGAGGAGGCUCCGUCGCUGCUGGGUGGCCUGACCAGCGUAAAUCCAGCGGGCCAGCUGCUGAAUGCGGCCAUCGGAGUGACGCGAGCGGUGACCCAGUUCCUUGGAGUGGCGCUGCAGGGCGCGGCAAAGAGCUUCACCGGAGCGUUUAGCCCGACGGCCCAGCAGACUCCUGUCGAUGAUCUUAGCUAUUACCGGUUUAGCGGGAAGUAGAUCGCGUCAAAACGGGAUCAAGAGAGAGACAAACUAGACACGUUAAGGCAGGAAUACGGGACCCAAGUCAUAUUUCGUUAGGUAGCUGAGAGUUUUUGUUUAGUGAGAUACUAUAAAAUUGAGAUUUUGCUCAAAAUGGGCAGUUCUUUGUCCAAAGGACGGAUCGAGCUGCGGUGUUUGAGUUUGAGCUCCAGAGUGUUAGCGAAUGAUUGUGUGAACGUGUUUGUGUGUGACUGCGCGGAACGAAUCCCCGCACAGGUGUACUGAUAAGACUGUGAAAAUUACGAUUAGAAGCUAUUUAUUAUUGUUUUGUGGUCACUCACCCCCCCUUAAUCACCCACACAUACACACACUGCUAGCUCCCAUAUGUGUCUUCUGUAUCCUGUUUUAGUUUUACGUUAGCAGCCGAGGUUUUUCUUCAUCCCCGUGUGAAUGUAAUUUAUGUAAUUUUUUGCUUUUCCUGAAACUUUUCAAAAUCCAUGCAAAAGCACGCCCAGAAUUGUUAAACUUGUUGUUACUUCAUAAAGUGCACUGAAAUAGGUUGAUGUGCCAUUUUUGCGAAGAAAGCAAAUUAAAAUGGCUACUAGAGGCACCGCUCUCAGUUUUUAAGAACAAAUUGUGAACCGUAGUCGGUGAUUAAAAGCAAAUUGAAAAGGAAGCUUGUUAGGAAGGAUACUCGGUAGUUCCAAACGAUGGAAAUUUUACACAAAACUAUUUGAAAUGCUGAUGCUGUGUAUAUAGUGGAAAAUAAAAUUGAGAAGUAUUUUUAAAA